CACCUCUUCCCAGUACAGCAUCGUCAUCCACCAUCUCGCCCUUGUAUCCCCACCACCACCAUUACUCUCACCCUCACCCUUGGUACGACUUCCCCUCCCUUCCCCAGUCUGCCUUGCCACCUCAACGGUCUACUCACCCUACAGCGUGCUUACUACCCUUCACGCGUAACGCGACUGCAACGACCGCCACUCUACGCACACUCCAGUAACGACUCAGCCCUCUGACAAAGACCCUUGACGAAAACUCCUUCCCAUUGUCCUGGCAAGACUAUUUCGCUGGCUAUCUGUCGACCAAAACCACAGUCAUUUGAUCUCUAGACUCAUUAUCUCUUCCAUUCUUUCAUACUUCAUCUCGGCUCAAGUACAAUUGGGCCCCUGACGAACCUGACGAGCUCGCCAACGCAACUAGACCUUUCUGCCAUGGCCGACGAUCGCAGACCUAAGCCAUCUAGAGCCACCAGUGGUGGCAGCAAUGCCUCAGCGGGCGCAGGCACACCCACGAGGGGAGGUGGUGCAGGAAGAGCUUCUUCACCUGCCACCGUGCCGGCAACAGCGGGUGGUGCUCAGACACCUUCACAGAAGUCAAGACAGUCACCCUCGGGCUCAGGCUCAGCAGGCUCCACUCACGCACCCCCUCGAGACCAGCAGCAACGUAACACGCAGUCGAAUCUGGUCACACCAGGCAGAUCCAGUGGCGGCAGUGGUCGGAGGGGCGGUGGUGGUCACCGAGGAUCAGCAUCUCUUUCUUCCAAUGGUGGGACGCAAGCAGAUCCCGGAUCGGCCAUGAACAACCUCCAGCACUUGAUACAUGACAUGAAAGCGACUCCAAUGCAGACAUCUAACAGCAGCCCUGGGCAGCAAUACUCGACACCGCUACGUCAGGGCGAUCGCGAAGCUCCCUUGGACCUUGCUGCGCUGGGGGACCAGCUCGCCGCUCGAGAGGCUCAGCUUCAGUCGCAGCUUCAGAGGGAGCUCAAGCUACCUGGCAAUCACGGCUCACCCUUCCGGUCGCUCGGCAGUCUUGCAAGCGUGGGAGAGAACUCAGAAGUCACCUCGCCUCCUGUCUUGCAGCAAUCGGCUAGUCAUAAUCGAUCCGGAGGCCCGCGUUUUGCUGGAACAGCAGCCUUCCAAUCUGCCAUUGCUCGACAUGGCGGUAGCGCUGCGGACCAGCAGAUUAACAGCAGGCCAACCAGUCAGGAUCUUCGCAACCUCUCUCACAAUCGCCAGCUCAGCCUUCAAAAUCGCUUUGCUGAGCUUGGCUAUACACCUGGUGGCCUCGCUACGAUUCCAUUUGACUACGAGGAUGGGUCGACCGAUGACGGCGCUUCUGUAGCCGAGUUUAUGGGCACUGGCGCCUUUGACCCUACACGUGCUUACCAACAGCAAUCGCAGGAGGCUUCGCAUCAGACACAGCUGCCUCAUAGGAGGACAGGAAGCGACAUGUCUGGCAUGCAGUCUCGCUUUGGUGGCAAUGCAGGACUACAGCAGACUGACUUUGCAGCCGAGAGACUGGCCCUGCAGCAGCAGAUUGAGUUGUUGCAGCUACAGCAACAGCAACUACUGCAACAGCAAGGCUCUUUCAACCCUCUCGCUUCUCUGGGAGGACAGCUUCAGUCAGAGCGUUCUAGCACAACACCAGGCUCCCGCCGACUGCACCAGCCUGCCCAGUCAUUGUCAAACUUUAAUUUUGGCGGCAUCGGUAGCAUUGGUCAGCAACAGUCCGGACAGCAGCAAUCGGGCGAUAGAGGUCACAACCGCCGCCACUCGUCCAUGGUCGGAGCCAAAGGUGGAGCAGACUUGAGUGAUACUGCUGCCGCGGGAACGAUGCAACCGAAUCCCGCUUUUUCAUUCCCCAACAUCGCCUCACUGCAACAGUCUCAGCAGCAGCAGCAGCAGCAGCCGUCACAUCCUUCGCGUGGCGGUCACUUCAGUCACCCUUCCAUUCAAUUGUCGUCUGCUCUCUCGCCCGAAUAUCUCAUGGCGGGUGGCGGUCUGCUCAAUCUUUCGACCCUCGGCAUGGGUGGUGAGCUGGCUGAUGGUUUCGGUGGUGGUGCCGGAGCAGGUAAUCGCGCUAGUAUGCACAACCGAACGGGCAGCGUCACUGGCACUCCGUCGAGACGGAUCAAUGGGGGUCCAGGAUCCGGUGCUCAGAUUGGCGACCUGGCGCAGGCUCAGGCUCAGCUAGCAACGCUUCAUCAAUUCCGCUCUCAGGCUAGCAGUGGUCACAUCAAGAAUGCCUCGUACGGCGGUGCUGGCAGCAUGAGUGGUUUCAACCCAGCCAUGCUUAGCAAUCAGGGUGUCUUCGGUCAGCAAUUUGCAGCUCAGCAGCAAGGCAAUGCUGCGUCGCAACGCAAGGCCCUGUUCGGAUCCUACCUCCCUCAGGCUUCCCUUCCGCCCCUCCUCGCAGCUGGAAAGAUUGUUGUUGGGCAGAUUCGUGUCGACAAGCGCAACCGCUCUGAUGCUUACGUCUGCACCGAAGUACUAGACUCUGACAUCUACAUCUCAGGAUCCCGAGACCGCAACCGUGCGCUCGCAGGUGACAUCGUUGCCGUCGAGCUCCUCGAUCCACAGGAAGUUUGGUUGAACAAGAAGGCUAAAGAGGACAAGAAGAAGCACAAGGAGGAGAAUGGCGUUGUAUCGCGUAAGCCUGACAAGGCCAAGGACGAUUUAGAAGUCGAAGGCGCUCAGCUGCGUCUGGUGGACGAAGAGGAGGACACUGAGCAGGCUCCACCGGCUCUUGCAGGUCACGUUGUCGCCAUUGUGGAGCGAACACCUGGGCAGCUCUUUUGCGGGACCAUUGGUCUGCUGCGUCCUUCCUCUGCUGCUACCAAGGAAAAGCAGCAGGCCGAAAGAGCGCUCCGCGACGGGGCGAGUGCUGGUGACUCCCAACAAGAUGCUGCGGCUCGGCCGAAGAUUGUUUGGCACAGGCCGCUCAACAAGACGACUCCCCUCAUUGCCAUCCCGGCCGAUCAAGCUCCCGCUGCUUUCUGGGAGCCCGGAGGACAGGAGAAGUACGCCACGAUCAUGGUCACCGUUGCGAUCAAGCGUUGGCCGAUCACCUCUCUUCAUCCCUUUGGGACACUGGUGGAGGAGAUCGGAGUGAUGGGCAACGUCGAAGCAGAGACGCAGGCCAUCUUGAAGGACAACCUCUCCACUGCUACCGAAGACUUUGCCGAGAAUGCCCUCAAGUGCAUCCCUCCUCUGCCAUACUCGAUUCCGGACCGGGAGCUGGAGACGAGGAGAGACUUUCGCAAUGUCGACGUCUUUACCAUUGACCCUGCGACGGCAAAGGAUUUGGACGAUGCUGUUAGUGUCACUCCACUGGAAGGCGGUCUGUACGAAGUUGGUGUGCACAUUGCCGACGUCUCGCACUUUGUCAAGAUGAACUCGGCCCUCGAUCGAGAGGCAAGGAAGAGAUGUACGUCUGUGUAUCUUGUUCAACGGGUCGUGCCCAUGCUUCCAUCGACUCUGAGCGAGGAGCUUUGCUCGCUCGUGCCAGGCGUAGAGAGGCUGUGCUUCUCUGCAGUGUUCACGAUGAACAAGGAGGCCCGUAUAAUCGGGACGUGGUUUGGCCGGACCAUCAUAAAGUCUUGCGCCAAGCUGGCGUACGAGGAUGCACAAGCUGUCAUUGACGGCAAGUCUCUACCUGCCGACAAGAUCUCUUCUGGCACUUCUCAAGAGAAGAUUGCGGGUGACAUUAUGACGCUGUAUGGGUUUUCAAGGAAGAUGCGCGCUCGUCGCUUCGAUGAGGGAGCUCUGCGAGUCGACAAUGUCAAGCUCAACUUUCAGCUGGACGAGGAUGGCUUGCCACAUGACGCGACCGUCUCUCAUGGGCGGGAGGCAAACCAGUUGAUCGAAGAGUUCAUGCUGGCCGCGAACAUUGCGGUGUCGCAGCGCAUCGCAGCAGGCAUGCCCGAGACGGCAAUGCUCAGACGACACGAGAAACCAAUCGAACGGCGACUGGACGGCUUUGCCAGGAGAGCGAAGCAGAUGGGGUUCAACAUCGACGUCUCUUCAGCUGGAGCUCUACAUGCAAGCUUGCAGCAGGUGACGGACCCAAAGUCUCGCUUUGCGCUCGAAGCACUGGUCACAAAGGGGAUGCAAAAGGCCAAGUACUUUUGUGGUGGCAUGACCGACAUUGCAAAGUACGGCCACUAUGCUCUGAAUGUGCCGGUGUACACGCACUUUACCUCUCCCAUUCGACGCUAUGCCGACGUGAUGGUUCACCGUCAACUCGAUGCCGUCCUGCAGGGCUCAGACAGCUUCCCCGUUGACCGCGAAGGGAUGGCGAAGAUUGCCCAGCAGUGCAACGUCAAGCGUGAUGCAGCAAAGCUGGCUCAAGAGCAGUCGCAGCACCUCUACCUCUGCUUGUUGCUGCACGACUUGACCGUAAGGUAUGGACCUGUCGUUCGAGAGGCUACUGUUGUGGGCGUCUUGGAUGCAGCCUUUGACGUGGUGGUCCCCGAAUUUGGCAUCGAGAAGAGGGUUCAUCUGGAUCAGAUCCCUACGGAGCACCACACCUUUGACGAACGGACCAACGAGCUGAGCAUCUACUGGCGCAAGGGCGUGGACACGAUCUCUUGGCUCGCUGAGACGAAUGACGAUGCGCACCUCAGGGCUCUCAAGGAACGUGCCGAUCGCCACGAAGCUGCUAUCGCCAAUAGCAAGAUUGACGCUUCAUCGCAGGCGCAGGAGGACGAAGCGGCCUUGUUCGAAGACGACGACGACAACAUCGAUGGGUCCGCAGGCAAGCCUCUUGCGUCUGCUAGCAUGGGGCGCACGACGUCUAUGCAACGGGAGAAGAGUCGCACCUUCCGCGAGGACGAUGUGAGCUUUGUCGGCGUGCAGGCGCCGCCCAGUGGCCACAGUAUCCAGACGGUCAAGGUGCUGCAGACGAUUCCCGUGGUCAUCUCUGCGCGGGUGGGGGACAAGAGUCCGCCAGUGAUUACUGUCAUUGCAAUCAACCCGGCUGCAAAGAAGAAGUGAGAGGGUGGGAAGAGUGGGGAAAGAAUUGGGUGUGAUGUAGCAAUGGCGCAGACAGAGUGGGCUGUGGCUCCCUUACCUGGUGCUCCUACUGCGUGCGUAAGACCACCUUUUAUCAGUACUGUCCUUUAUCAUCGUCAUCGUGUUCAUCUUCAUCAUCUUGAAUAUCUCAUCAUCAGAAUCGUCAUCAUCAGUAUCGUCAUCAUCAUCAUCAUCAUUAUCAUUCUUCGUGAUCAUCCCAACUCGCGAG